AUGAGAGUUCCUUUCGCAUUCGCUGUUACGAAUGUGGCCACCUGUGUGCUAGCGAUCCUGAGCCCCCGAGAAAUAUCGCGAUCUGCCACGUUAUCAAAUAACUUCCCGAGAGUUGCGCCCGUGGGAUACUCAGUCGGGGGUGAGCCUGCGCGACGGACAACAUGCUUGGGAGCCCAAAAGAUUCGCUUGACUCAAGAGUCACCAGUACUCACUCUCGACUUUGGAGAGGAAGUCGGCGGAUUCGCUUACAUUGAUGUUGAGCAACUCGACGGCCCGAGCCAGGUUGAGUUCAAGUUUGCAGAGAGUUUUCCUGGGCUUGCCUCGCCAAUCGGCGAUGGAGCAUGGGUUUACGUAAAUACUCUCUCGAACACAUUCAUGACCGAGACGGUUUCCAUCACCAAAACCGGUCCAAUUCAGACUUAUUUCUUGCAGGGUGGUUAUCGUUGGCAAACCAUCACUCUGCUGUCUGGCAACCCAUCAAUCACCAUCAGGUCCGCGGGCAUCAAUCUGGCCCGAGUGCGGAGUGAUCUAGACACAUUACCAGGGCAAUUGCACUCAUCAAAUUCGACUCUCGACGAAGUUUUCAAAUUAGGUGCCCGUACCCUUGAAAACUCUUGCUUUGAAGCACGCUCGCAGCCUUCAACAUGGAUGGUUACUCCUGAUGGAGUAUACUUGAGGGGACAGACGCCAGCCUUGUCAUCCAAAAGCUCUCAGCCCGAGUUCAACGACCUGUAUACCCUCAAAUUCGAUACCAAGAUUGAACGUGGUGGUACAGGUUGGGUGGUCGGGACCUUUACGCCGACCUACCUUACAGAGCAAGCAUACUUCCUCGUGACGAGUAAUUAUCCUGAAAGCACUACAUUCACCAAUACCAAUCGAACCCUCCUACCGCCGAAUACAUUAAUCCUGGUUCUCGGCUUUAAUUUGAUCAACUCGACUGUGACUAGUGGCACCCCGCUCCAUUACAAACUCCCCAUGGAUAUUUCUGAGGAUAAAUGGUAUCACAUCGAAACUAAGAUUAACAGCGCAUCAUGGACAAUCUCGAUCGAUGGCCAGGUAGCGGUGGAGAUCGCCCUGACAGACUAUCAAAAGGUUUCCCGGGUCUCUCCCUCCAAAAUCCCGACUGGUCCCUUCGGUUUCGGUCCUUUCCGCGACCAAGCGGCAUACGUCAAGAAUGUCAAAGUUAUAGCAUCAAACGGUACCACUCUUUACACAAACUCGAUGAUAGGCGAUACCGAGAGCACAGAUGGCUUUCUUCACGAAUAUGGCGUUCAUACAAACUCAGAAAGCAUUUGUCUGGACGGUGCGAAACGUGAUCGUAUGCUGUGGACUGGCGAUUUUGCCCACACAGUGCGCAGCUUGGGCAGUACGACUGGAAGACACGACUUCUCUCGAGGACUUUUUGAGUUUUGCUUCAAACGACAAAGCUCCAAUGGCUACGUCCCGAUAAACGGGGCCAUGGGUUCAACGCCAGCUCCAAUUCCCGCAGCGGGAACUAUGGCGGACUAUGAAAUGCUAUCUUUGAACUCCUUGUAUUCGUGUUAUGCGGACACAGGUGAUCUCGAUUUUAUGCGGACCUACUGGUUACCUACCAGAGAUGUUGUCGCUGCCCUGCUUUUACUUGUCGACCCCAGCACUGGACUUGUCGACGGUGGCAAAGAAAAUACAUUUUGGCUUGGGCCGUCCAAUGGCACAGCUGUUACUGCAGCUUUGUGUUAUGCUCUGAGACAAAUGGCCAGUGUCGCAACUGCUCUUGGACACAAUUCCACGGCUUCAGAGUAUUCUUCGGAGGCGGAUAAUCUCACCAAGGCAGUCCAACACUUAUGGUCUCAAGACAUUGGAACGUUUGCACUUUCAACAAGCAGCAUGAAUGACUACUCGGUGGCAAGCAUCGCAUUUUCUAUUCUCUCCGGUAUCGCCACGCCAGAUCAAGCAAAGAUUUCAAUCACUGCCGCACUCCCUUCACUUUUUGAGACUAUCGGAUACAGAGAUCAAUUCAGCGUCAAAGCAUCCCCAGAAACGUAUAUCUCCCCCAACACCAACGGAUUUUUGCUCGAGGCUGUGAUGAAAGUUGCUUCCAGUAACAGAUGCGAUCAAAAUUUGGCAUCUAAUCUCUCGCACCCCGCGGGUCUGAUGUUGAAUGGUUUGUGGAAUCAGAUGGCGCAGCCAAAUGAGAAUUGUACUGGUGCUGUUUGGGAGUCUAUUGGCUUUGACGGCAAGCCGAUUAGCAUUGCGGCAUCAUUUAGCCAUCCCUGGUCGAGUGCCCCCAGCUACGUGCUACCAGAGUAUAUGCUUGGGUUAAAGGCUACCGGAGCAGGCUGGAAAACCUGGGCUUUGGAGCCCUCCAUCUACGGAUUGAAUUUGGAUCAGAUCAGUGCUAAGCGCCAGACGCCCUAUGGUGAAAUUGCCGCUUCUUGGAAAUUCCACGACAACUCCGUCACGGUGGCGGUCCAUGCUCCGCUCGGAACAAAUGGAAUUAUAUCACUAUGCGGGAUCAAUAUCAACGUGAGUGGGGGGGCAACCGUUUCAAAAGACAAUUUCGCUACAGUAGAUAGUGCUGGUGAUUGA